AUGGGAAUUCGUGUGAUAUUGUACUAUUUACUCUUCUGCUCCAUUCAAAGGAUUUAUCCGCACGUGAUUAUAAAGCAAAGAGGACAGAGUACUAUACCGACCAGGUAUGGGCACGUUAGAGGGGUUCUGGUAGAGCUACCUGUCAAGCCUCCGGGCGCGAGCUUAAAAAAUGUCGAGGCAUAUCUAGGCUUGCAGUUUGGUUUUCUAAGGUCUGAUAUUUUGCGUUUUAUGGCCCCUAAGGGUCCAGUGGAUACAUGGAGAAAUGUGAGAUACGCAGACAAUUACUCGGAACCUUGUCCCCAAAAAAAGUUUAAUCGGAAGGAGCUAAGGAAGUUUUUACCAAAUGGCACUAUUGAGCAUAUACAUCGUGUGUCACAAUUUAUAAAUACUACGACAGAGGAAUGUUUACACCUCAAUAUCUAUGUACCGACGAAAGACAAGUCUCAAAAAUGGAACGAUACAACACCACUUCCGGUCAUGGUUUUUGUCCACGGAGAGUCUUAUGACAUCGGAACCGGAAAUGCUUAUGACGGAAGUGUUCUGGCCAGUUACGGGGAGGUUAUUGUUGUGACCGUCAACUACAGACUUGGUGUAUUAGGUUUCCUAAGCACAGAAGAUAACAACGCAAAUGGCAAUUAUGCCUUACUCGACCUGUUGGCCGUCAUGACCUGGCUUAACUCCAAUAUUGGUGAAUUUGGCGGUGAUGUCAAACGCAUUACCUUAUUUGGACAUGGAUAUGGAGCAGCGUUGGUAAACCUCCUCCUCCUUUCUCCCAUGGCUGAUGACAGGCAAUUCUUCCAGAGGGCUAUUCUUCAAAGCGGAUCUGCAUUCAGUUCUUGGGCGACCUCGGUUGAUCCACUGUCUUGUGCAAAGUAUUUCGCGACAAAUCUUAAUUGCUCAAAUUUUUCAAAUGACACAAAGAGCUUAGUGACAUGUUUGAGGGCAAAUAAAUCUGCAGAAGAUUUGGUGAAUAACGUUCCUCUGCCUCCAAAAUAUUACUCAUGUUUCGCCCCGACACCCGCUCCAGGCGAAUUCAUUUUCCCAAGCAAGGUUGAAGACUUAUUGAAGCGGAGGUCGACGUUCUCUCAAGCGCAGGUCAUGUUCGGUGUUACCAAAAAUGAAGCAUAUUCCUUCAUGAAACAACACGAACUCGACCACGGAAUCAGCAAGGAGAGGAAAAAGCAGAUCAUCAGGACAUAUGUCCAGAAUUUGUACAAGUUCCACAGACAGAAGAUAUAUGAGAUCCUUGACCAUCAAUACUCGGAGUGGGAUCGAAGUCAGAACGACAGCACGCGACUUGACAAUAUCAUGCAGAUGCUAAGUGACGGCCAAUACGUGGCGCCACUCAUCAGAAUGGCUCAAGAGCAUGCAAAACGGUCUGAUACUUAUGUCUACGUCUUUGCUUAUUCCACCAAGUCCGAGAAAUUUCCUGAAUGGUCAAGUGGCGUCCACGGCGAUGAAUUGCCCUAUGUAUUCGGUGCUCCUCUAGUCAACGGUAUCUCGCCGUUCCCUUCGGAAUACAGUCGGGCAGAAAAGAGACUAAGUGAAGCAGUGAUGACCUUUUGGACAAAUUUUGCAAAAACUGGGAAUCCAAACAUGCCACGAAGUGCUUCAGAUAAGUUCUCGGACAUCACGUGGCCAAAAUAUGACAUCAACACCCAGAACUACUUACUAAUAGGUAAGAGACCGCAGAAAAAGCACCACUACCGCGGUAAGGAAUUGGCGGCGUGGUUGGAUCUUAUACCAAAGAUUGACACCAAGGAUCCGGGCGAGAAAUCUAAUUCUCCUAUUCAUAAUCUUCUCAAUGCCAACAACAAGUCUACGUUUGAUGAUUACAGUCGACUCAUCACUCAAUUUCACAAACUGUUUCCACCAUCGCCCCCUAUACCUCCCCCUAUCACACCUUGUGAUGUCCAGGGGGAUGGAGAUGAUACAUUCAAGCCGGAAACGGACGGUAGCUCUAAAAACAGCGGACAACAAUCGACUCAGCAGCCCAACCGUGACAAUGACGUCACCGAGGAUGGGGAAGAUGAGACAUCGACGCAGGCGCCUCCUGUCGUUGGUCCACGUCAAGAUAUAUCAUUAGUGCACACAUCCGUCCCUCUAAGUAUCACGGUAGCUAUUGGCUGUUCGUUACUGUUUCUAAACAUCCUUAUUCUAGCAGGAGUUUACUAUCAGAGGGAACGAAUCAAGAAACUCCGAAGAAGUGAUAGUUCAAACAGCGAGGAAUUGCGCGUGGGACGUAAAAUGGACAAAGAUGGCCGUGAUCAGAAGGGACCGGAAACUACGUCAUUGAUGACGUCAGCACAUAACCAAUUAUCACCUGUAAAAAAUGUAAAUACUCACCAGGAAGUUAAAAAUAACCCAAUAUACACUGCAAUAAGUAAAUCCUCGGACACAAACCCUACACAAGGAGGAUAUUCAUACACAGCUGUUCCAACUAACACAUCUUCACCUAUGCAUCGUACUACAAAAUCUCAUCACCCUCAUACUAACUCCAUCCCAUCUUCCAAUAAAACCGGAAAUUCAAUUAGCAAUGCUACAAGCGGCCGACCACCGGAUGUGUCUCCACGUGUAGACAGUAUGAAAAAUGCGUAUCAGCACGACAAAUAUAACCAAAUAACAGCGAAAGAACAACCCAAUUCCAAUAACGCGAUAACAAUUGUAUAGCAUAGCUGUGUGUUGAGUCGUUUAGUU